GCGCACACAAUCAACAAGCAGAUAGACACGGGACACCCCUGCCGUUCAGAGUUUGAGUUGUCGAGCCAUCUCUCAUUUGGUACCUAAGUUCGACAGAUCACAGAUAAUAUGGAGUUCAUCGGAGACGCCGACGGUUUCGGCCUCGACUUCAUCCGCGACCUCCUGCUGGGCGGCGACGGCCGCGACGCCCCUGUAGUUUCCGACGACGUCACCUUCCCCGUCCUGCAACCUCAACCGGAGUUCCAGCCCAUGUCGUCGUUCCUGCCACAGCAGCAGGGCCAGGGGUAUGGGUACAUAGACCUGACGCAAGAGUACACGGCCCCUGCUCCGGUUGCCCCUGCUUUAGGCGAGGCGGUGUUCCGGGCGCAGGAGCCGGCGCCACCGGUGAUGAUAAAGUUCGGGAGCGAGCCGCCUUCCCCCGUCAGCGUCCAGCCGCCGCUGACCAUCUCCGUGCCCCCGAGCUCGUACGCGUGGGCGGGAGCGGCGCCCGCGGCCGUCGAGGACUACCGCAAGUACCGCGGCGUGCGGCAGCGCCCCUGGGGCAAGUACGCGGCGGAGAUCCGCGACCCGAAGCGCCGGGGCUCGCGCGUGUGGCUCGGCACGUACGACACGCCCGUCGAGGCGGCGCGCGCGUACGACCGCGCCGCGUUCCGGAUGCGCGGCGCCAAGGCCAUCCUCAACUUCCCCAACGAGGUGGGCACCCGCGGCGCGGACCUCUGGGCCCCACCCCCGCCGCCCGCUCCGGCGACGCAGGCCGCCGCCGCGGCGAACAAGCGGAAGCGGCAGCACCCGGAGGACACCGACGACGUGGAGGUGGUCGCGGUAGUGAACAAGGCCGUGAAGCGCGAGGAGGCGCCGCCGCCGCCGCCGUCGACCCAGGUGCCCUCCCCGUCGCCGUCAUCCAUGUCGACGCGUGAGACCACCGUCUCGUCGACGGUGACGUCGACUGCGACAGAGACGAGCGCAGGUGCGGAGUGUCUCUCCGUGACGCCGUCGAGCGGGAGCAGCUGGGAGCAGUACUGGGAGGCGUUGCUCGGCGGCCUGCCGCCGCUCUCGCCGCUGUCGCCGCACCCGACGUUGGGAUUUCCGCAGCUCAUCGUUAACUAACGAGCAAGCCUGUGUGGAGUGGAAGUGCUACCACUGAAGAUCGACAUCAUCGUCAUGUCCGCGUGCUGAUCUAGGAUUUGCACAUCUGCAAGGGGGUUGGGCCACAGAUCUAUAUGUUGAAAUAACUCACUAGGUAGUUACAACUAGGAAGGACUAGCUCGCUUUG